AUGAGUCUACAAGCUUAUGUCACAAGACUUUUUAAAUUGAAUACUAAUUAUUUAUAUGCCGAACAAGCUUUCAAUCAAGCAUCAUCACUUCAAACUCUCUCAGACGAUUUAUACACAGAUUCACUUCGAUUUGUUUAUGAACUUGUACAAAAUGCCGACGAUGCGUCAAGCGCACAUUUACAAAUUUCUUUAAUUGAAAAUAAUUAUUUAAUCGUUUCUCACGAUGGUAAACCGUUCGAUGACAAUGAUGUACGUAGUUUAUGUUCAGUUAAUAAUAGCACAAAAAUUUGUAACAGCCACGCAGCAGGUUAUAAAGGAUUGGGUUUUAAAGCAAUCUUUGGAAAAUCGGAUUAUGUAUUAAUUGUAACUAAUGACGAAUCAUUUCGCUUUGAUGCUCAAUAUAAAUUUAGAUGGACAUGGCUAGAUAUCAAUCAAACAACAUGGGAACAUGAUAAUAAACGAAAGUUUAUUUAUCCUUGGCAAAUUUGUCCUAUUUGGACUGAAAAUCACAAAAUUCCUGAAUCUAUUCGUACUUGGCUUUCAAAUAGUAAAACUAAAAUGUCAGUAAAUAUUAUUAUACGUUUACGUAAUGUGAUCGAAACACAAAACGCACUGGAAGAAUUGGCACUCCAACCACAAACAUUUUUAUUUCUACAACAUAUUCGUCAUGUAGAACUCGGAAUACCAAGAACAACAAUCAUACGUAUAGAACCACAGCCUGAUGAAUCAAUAAGAUUGUCACAUAAUAAGAAUCAAAUUUCUCAUUGGCUUAAAAAUCAAAGAGAAAUCACUAUUCCUUCAGAAGUGCUUAGAGACACUCGUCUACCUGAAAAACUACAUAAUGUUCCAUCAACUACAAUAAGUCUGGCUGCUAAACUUGAUAAAAAUAAGGGAAACACGUUCAUACCUGUUUCAAAUAAAGAUAGCAUUCUCUUUGCUUAUAUGCCAACGAAAAUUUCCACCUAUAAUUUGCCAUUACUUGUUAGUGCUAAUUUCUUAACUAAUGCAAAUCGUGAACAAAUCCAUACGGAUUCAAUUUGGAAUCAAUGGCUUUUUGAAUGUAUACCUCGUGAAACAUUCAAAUGGAUUAAAAAAUUAAUGAAGCAACCAAAUUGGAGAAAUACAGCCUAUGAUCUUUUACCUAUACGUACUCUGAGUCGGGAUAAACUCGCAAAUAAAUAUAAUGAGAGUUGUUCAAAUGCUCUGAUUCAUACGAAAUUUAUCUGUAAUACACAUGGAAAAUAUCUAUCUUCAAGUGAAGCUAUUAUCGAUUUGACUCGUCUUUCGAAUCAAAACUUUAUUGGUAUUGAGCCUAUUCGACUAUAUUUUUCUCAUCAAUACCGUCAGAGACUACAGUCUUUGCCAUUACAUCCAUUUGUUCUUGAUAAUCUUCGUUUAAGAGAAAUUGGUGUUCGAACAUUCACUUGGGAACAAGCGAUUGAUAUGUUUCAAUCGAGAGAAUUUCAAGAUAAGUUUUCAGUUGAUCAUAAUAUCAAAUUAAUAUCAUAUUUAUGUGAUUUGCAAGCUGAUCAAGAGAUUUCAAAAUUAUUACAUCAGAUGCCAUUUAUUAUGGAUCGCAAUAAAUGUCUUCAAAUCCCAACUAAUAUCUAUUUUCCAUCAAAAUUUAACGAUAUAAGUUGGUAUAGUUGUAACACACAAGAAGCUUAUGUACAUGACGAUCUAAUGAACGAACUUCAAAAUCAUCACAAAAAAUGGCUUGAACAACUUGGUGUAACUACUAGAACGGAUUUGAGUUUUUUUCAUCAUACUAUUAUUCCUCACGCUUCGACAUUUAUUAAUGUUGAUAAUGCUCUUCAUUCUAUUCAACGAUUAUUUGAUCUCUAUGUAAAUGGACAAAUAACUGGCGAUGAUUUGAAAAACCUUAGAGAAUUGUCGUUAUUUACCAAAGCUAAUACUUUAGUACCAGCUAAUCGUCUAUAUUUAUCUUAUGAAUACAAACCUUAUUUAUCAAUUGAUGAUUUGUUUCCUACAAUGCCUCAUCUGUUUGUUUCAACUUCUUAUAUGCAAAAUAUUUUUCAUAUGGAAUGGAAACAUUUUUUCCUUUUACUUGGUGUUCAAGAAAAUAUUGCUUUGAUACCAUUAAAUGAUAAUUGUAGAUUAUUUCAAAAUUAUCAUGAAGAUCAAAUGAGAAUUAUUUUUGGUUUAAAUUCAAAUCAAGUUCAUAGAUACAAAUAUCAAAUGACUAUAACAUUUCUUGAAUUUACUGAAGACAAUUUUAAUUUUGCUGAUUUUUUUUGGCAUAAUGUUAUACAAAAACUUAAUAUACAUGAUUUAACUCGAUCUGAAAUAGCAUAUUGGGGACAACAACAUAAACGAGGAGCAACAAUCGGCUCAGAAGUAAACAGUUUUCCGGAAUGGUUUGUUCUUAAUCGACCAUGUAUACCAGUUCAAAUUUUAUCAAACGGUAUAAAUCAAAGACAAUGUCUUAAAAGUAUUCAGGUUUAUAGUAAUCGACUAAGUUCAUUGACUGGUCGUUAUUUACCUAUAUUUGAAUAUAAGUUGAAUGCAGAAGUUUUAAGUGAUGAAUGGCUCAAGUUCUUUAGAUUUAAAACAGAAUUAUCAAUUGAUGAUUGUAUUUAUAUUCUUCAUCAAAUUUAUGUUCAAAAUAAGAUAGAAGUCCAUUUCGAGGAUGAUAUGCGUAUUCAAAAUAUCUAUGCUCAUCUUUUACAAAUACUCUUCAAUACAAAUACUAAUCAGCAUAAAUUAUAUCGUGAAAAAUGUCAAUCGAAGAAUAUAUGUUUUUUAAGUGAGCGUGAUAAUCUUUUUAUGCCAUCUGAAGAACUGAACUUCUUGUCAAUUGAUACUUUUCAAUCACCAUUUGAUUUGCAUAUAUUAAAGUUAAACGCAAGUAAUCGUCAACAUAGAAAUUUAUCGUAUCUAUUGUAUAUAUUCAAUAUUAAUCACAUCGAAAUGAAAAAUUUAAAUUUAAUACCAAUUAAUGCUGCUCCGUGUGAUGAACUAACUAAUUGUUUACAAAAAUCUUACCUUUCAUUAUUAUUUGAUUUUUGUAAGAUUAAAAAACAAGAAAAAUUAAAUCAAUUGGAUGGUAUCCGAUAUUUUGAAGCUGAUCGAUUGGAACUUUAUAUAGAUAAAUUAAAUAAAUUUGUUGGUAAUCCAUCCAUUCAUGUAAACAAUAAUUGCAUAUAUAUUACAAGACCAUGGAAUUCUAAUUCAGUUAUUAAUUCCUUAACAAUAAAACUAUGUGAACUUCUUAAGGUACCUAUUCAAGUAUUUCAAACACACAUACGUACUCUAUUGACAACUUCGUCUACUGAUGAUUACUUUAUUCAACUUGGAAUUCUUCCUGCAAAUGACAAUUCAUCAAAUGAUCAAAUUACUAAAUUAAUUGGGCAUGAUAAUCUUGAACUAUUUGAUCGAUUACAACACUUAUCAUCAUCAUAUACUCCUGCUCAAUUACUACUUGCUGGUUUAGAAGCACAAAAUCUAUCUUGGACUGGAUAUAUCUAUCAUUAUACACAUUUAGAAAAUGCUGUUUCAAUUUUACGUGAUCACACAUUAAAAUCUCGUCAUUUUUGUCAAACGAAUAAUUUUAAAGAUUCAUCUGCUUAUGACUUCAUGUCACAAACAGAUGAUCAAGUUAAUCAUUAUGUUCGCUUUUAUUUUCGUCCAUGUACAUCGACGCAACUCAAUAAUGAAAAUCUUGGAUCUAAUAAAAGCAAAAAACGUAAUAAUUAUACACCAAUAUGUCCAGUACCAAUAUUCUUUUGUAUAAACCUACGAACAAUCCUUAUCAUACCAAAUUUGAAAUGGAAAGUAAGCAUACGUGAUAUGUCUAGUCAACAUACAGAAUAUGAUUGUACAAUGGAUAUUAUCAAACAAUUUGAUUUUUGCGGUUUAUUUAAAGAUUCAGAUAUUAAACGUUGCAAACAACUUGAAUUUUUAAUUGAAAAUCAACUUGAUUUUGAACUUUUACCAAAUGAUGCUAUUAAUCUUAUUUUUCAAGAUUCUGAUGCUAAGAAGAGUUUAGAAUCUAUGUUACCUGAGCAAAUUUAUAAUACUGAAAUAAAAAGAAAUUAUUUUUUUGGAAAAAAUAAUCGCGUAUUUAUUAAUCAUGAUUCUCAACAAGAUCAUAUUUCUGUUAUGAUUAAUCGUGAAACACAGCGUAAAGAUGAAAUAUUUAUUGUUCAAAUUAAAUCAAAUGAUAAUAAACAAACAAUUGAUCUAGCAUGUAAAGGUAGUGUUUAUGCUAUAUUUCAUUAUGAUCGUAUAACAACAGUUUAUGGAAAAGAAAAACAACUUGAUGUUUUCGUUGGUAAACAACCUUAUGCAGUUUAUUAUAAAUAUGAACAACAAUUAUGGCUUAUAUAUACAAAUCAUAAUAAACCUGAUUUUGACGAUUCACAUAUUAAACAACAUAGUGAAUUUAUACCAUAUGAUUAA